CAAGGCAGCACGGGCAAAGCUCCCGUUUUGACAUCACCGCGACUAUAACUAGGACGACCGCCCGUACGCGAUAGAACAAACAACCCAUCGCAGUCAUGGGGCUCUCAUCCAAAGACUCCCUGCAACUUAGGGAGGCGCUCCAGACAGCAGUGGUGAAGUGCUCCGAGAGAUGCCUCUAUCAGUCUGCAAAAUGGGCCGCAGAACUCCUCGAUGCCCUCCCAGAACCCGACCUUGACACAAUGUCAGACGUGCCACAGAGCCAUAUACAUACCGUCUUCUCACCCAACCCCGACCCCGUCGAGGCCGAGAGAGAGGCUCAGGAGCUCGGCCGGUACCUGCUCGCAAAGUCGUACUUUGACUGCAAGGAGUUCGACCGGUGCGCCGCCGUUUUCCUGCCCGAGCCCCUGCUGGCCAGCCUCUUGGGGACCAACCCGAAUGAGGUUGCAAACCCAAAGGGUAAGGGCAAAGCCAAGGCGACCGCUGUUGCCCUCUCGUCCGAAGACACCCUGCCCGAGAUUAGCCAGAAGAGCAUGUUCCUAGCAUUGUAUGCGAAAGUCAUUGCGGGAGAGAAGCAGAAGGACGAGGAGACCGAGAUGAUCAUGGGGCCCCAGGACUCCGGCUCCGUAGUCAAUAAGCAACUGGUGGUCGUCAGCCGCUUCCUGUCCAGGUGGUUUGCCCAACGGAAGGCCGACGGCGGCGACUAUCCCCCCAGCCAAGGCUUUCUCGAGUAUCUGUACGGCAUGGUCCUGGCGAAGGAGAAGAAUGACAACCUAGCGUUGGACUAUCUCAUGCAGAGCGUGCACUUGUUCCCCUGGAACUGGGGCGCCUGGCUAGAAAUUACAAACCUCGUCUCGAGAGUCGAGCAGCUGAACAAAAUCGCGCCUCACCUCCCGCAAAACAUCAUGUCUUUCAUCUUCCACGCCAACGCCGCGGUUAACCUCUACCAGCAGGGUCCGGAUCUUGCGUCUUCGCUGAAUGACCUCCUCGACAUCUUCCCAACCUCUUCCUUCCUCUUAACCUGUAAGGCAUUGCUAUGUUACCAUUCCAAGGAUUUGUUCGCCGCCGAACAGGAGUUCAACAAGGUGUUGGCCUUGCAUCCGCACCGGCUCGACUCGCUCGAUCACUACUCCAAUAUCUUAUACGUGCUGAACCGGCGGCCCAAGCUCGCCUUCCUGGCCCACCUCUGCUCCAACAUUGACAAGUUCCGCCCGGAAUCCUGCGUCGUGAUCGGCAACUACUAUUCGUUGCUCUCGCUCCACGAGAAGGCGGUUCAGUACUUUCGCCGGGCUCUUACGCUGGACCGCUCCUGUCUCUCGGCAUGGACGCUCAUGGGCCACGAGUUCGUCGAGCUUAAGAACACCCAUGCGGCCAUAGAGUCGUAUCGCCGAGCAGUCGACGUCAACCGGCGAGACUACCGCGCCUGGUACGGGCUCGGCCAGACCUACGAGGUGCUCGAGAUGCACGCGUACGCGCUCUGGUAUUACAAGAAGGCGGCGGGCCUCCGACCGUGGGACUCCAAGAUGUGGCAGGCCGUCGGCUCCUGCCUGCAAAAGAUGGGCCGGGACCGCGACGGAAUCAAGGCCCUCAAGCGCGCCCUGCUGGCCGAUAGCUACUAUGACACCACGGCCGCGAGCAGCUUCGGCAGCGCCGGCACCGUCGACCGCACAUCCCAGAUGGACCCGGAGGUGCUGCUGCAGAUCGCCAACAUGUACGACCGGCUCGGCGAGGAGGAAGAGGCGAAAGCGUACAUGGAGCUGUGCCUGGCCCAGGAGGAAGGAGCCGCGGGCGGCGUCGAAGGCAGCGCCGGCCCCUCGCUGGGCGAUUCGAUCGCCAUCCACAACGACUCGCCGGGCUCGGAUGCCGAAGCCGGUGACGGGCUCGAGGGCCGGGCCGGCCCCGACGGCGGAACGGGAGUGACCUUUGCGACCAGCAAGGCACGCAUGUGGCUGGCAAAGUAUGCGAUGCGCGCCGAAGACUACGAAACGGCCAACCGGCUCGCCAUGGAGCUGUGCCAGGACGGCGUCGAGGUCGAGGAGGCCAAGGCGCUCAUGCGCGAGGCCCGCUCGCGGAUGGAGCUCGCGGAGAUGGUGGAGCGCUAGAGGUCGCUGCCCUUGUCCGGUCUGCGCGUUCUGAACCAGCACGAGUGGCCCGAGUUCGCCGGAGAGCCGUCCACGGGCAAGCUAGCGAGGAGGUGGUGGUCCCGGCAAAGCAGCGGUC